CUAAGGUGCACGUCAUCAUUCAUCUACGCCCUUCCACUGAAGGGCGGGCGGCUUCCCGGCUGCUUCCUCCUCCUCCUGGCUUGACGGCACCGCUUGCGUAUCGUUUCCAAGUCGCCUCGUCCCCAUCCCCUCCCCCCCUUCUCUUGUCUUCCCUUUCAACUUCCCCCCCAUACUUUUAUCUAAUUACGAAACUCCCUCGCAGCUUCCUCCAUUUCCACCAUCCCCCGGUCGGCAUGUCCACCUCCGCGUUUGGAACGCGGAAUCCCCACCCUAUAUAAACCAAAUCAGCCAGUCUCUCGUUAUCCAUUCCUUAAUUUCCACUUCAAUCUCUCCACCUAUACAUACAUAUAUACAUCUAUCUAUACAUAAACCCAAAAAUUAUUCUCUUAUAUAGAGGUCUUUCCCUUUUGAUUAAUUUCUUGUCUUCUUCUUAUAUGCCCAUAUAUAUCCCGAUUCUUGUCGUUUUCUGGUAGUAUUUAUAUAUACCCUCUAUUGUUUUUGACUCGAUUAACCUUUGAAUCUUCUUCAUCUUCUAUAUAUAUAUAUAUACAUAUAUAAGAGUGAAUUCAUUGGCGAUGGGAAUUGAUGAUGAGCGGAGCUCAAUGGAAAAGGGCGGGGAGUACGAGCGUGUGUUCAAGCGCUUCGACGAGAACGGGGACGGGAAGAUAUCGGCGGCGGAGCUGCGACAGUGCGUGGCGACGCUGGGGGUGGAGCUGACGGAGGCGGACGCGGAGGAGGCGGUGGCGGCGAUGGACGCGGACGGCGACGGGGAGCUGGGGAUGAAGGACUUCCUGAAGUUGAUGGAAGGGGGAGAGGAGGAGGAGAAGGCCAAGGACCUUCGAGAAGCUUUCAGAAUGUACGAGGAAAUGGGUGGGAGCGGCUGCAUUACUGCGAAGAGCUUGAGGAGGACGCUCCGUCGGCUCGGGGAGAAGAAGAGCGUCGAGGAGUGUAGGCUCAUGAUCUCCUGCUUCGACAUCAAUGGCGACGGCGUCCUUAGUUUCGAGGAGUUUAGGGCUAUGAUGUCUUGAAUUAUGGCGUUCGGUACGCGCAACGGUCGGAUCUCUCAUACAUAUAAGGAGUCAAACGGUGGGCGGUGGCCGUACUACUUGUUUGCCGUAAUUUCUAUUUUUGGUUUCUAUUUGUAAAGGCAUUCUUUUAAUACAAAAUAAAAGUCCAUUCUUUCAAA